AUGGAUGAAAGGUUCAACAAGUGGCUGCUGACGCCGGUGCUCACUCUCCUCUUCGUGGUCAUCAUGUACCAGUACGUGUCCCCCUCCUGCACCAGCUCCUGCACCAACUUCGGGGACCAGCCCCGCGCGGGGGAGGCCGGCCCGCCAGCCGCUGCUGCCGCCCCGAAUCCCGCCCGCCGGGCACAGGCGCCGCUCGAGGAGUGGGAGCGGCGACCCCAGCUGCCCCCGCCGCCCCGGGGACCGCCCGAGGAGCCUCGGGGGGCCGUGGCGCCUGAAGAGGAGGAUGAGGAGCCGGGAGACCUGGAGGAGGAAGAAGAGGAGGAAGAGGAGGAGCCGGACCCUGAGGCCCCGGAGAACGGCUCUUUGCCCCGCUUCGUGCCUCGUUUCAACUUCACCCUGAAGGAUCUGACCCGCUUCGUGGACUUCAACAUCAAAGGGCGCGACGUGAUCGUGUUUCUGCAUAUCCAGAAGACUGGGGGCACGACGUUCGGCCGGCACCUGGUGAAGAACAUCCGGCUGGAGCAGCCAUGUAGCUGCAAAGCGGGUCAGAAGAAGUGCACAUGCCACCGGCCAGGCAAGAAGGAGACGUGGCUCUUCUCCCGAUUCUCCACGGGCUGGAGUUGCGGGCUGCAUGCCGACUGGACGGAGCUCACCAACUGUGUGCCGGCCAUCAUGGAGAAGAAGGACUGUCCCCGUAACCACAGCCACACCAGGAAUUUCUAUUACAUCACCAUGUUGCGGGAUCCAGUGUCGCGUUACCUGAGCGAGUGGAAACACGUCCAGAGGGGGGCCACGUGGAAAACUUCUCUCCACAUGUGUGAUGGGAGAAGCCCCACGCCUGAUGAGCUACCGACCUGCUACCCUGGGGACGACUGGUCUGGGGUCAGUUUGCGAGAGUUUAUGGACUGCAGCUACAACCUGGCCAACAACCGCCAGGUGCGCAUGCUGGCCGAUCUCAGCCUGGUGGGAUGCUACAACUUGACUUUCAUGAAUGAGAAUGAAAGAAACACCAUCCUGUUACAGAGCGCAAAAAACAACCUGAAGAACAUGGCCUUCUUUGGGCUCACCGAAUUCCAGAGGAAGACACAGUUUCUGUUUGAGAGGACAUUCAACCUCAAAUUCAUCUCUCCCUUCACGCAGUUCAACAUCACACGGGCAUCCAACGUGGAGAUCAACGAGGGCGCGCGCCGGCGCAUUGAGGAGCUAAACUUCCUGGACAUGCAGCUUUAUGAGUAUGCGAAAGAUCUUUUCCAGCAGCGCUACCACCACACCAAGCAGCUAGAACACCAGAGGGACCGGCAAAAGAGGCGAUUGGAGCGAAGGCUGCUACGGGAGCACAGGGGUCUCAUGUGGCCCAAAGACGACGGUGCCUCAGAAGGGGCAGUCACUGAGGACUACAACAGCCAGGUGGUGAGAUGGUGA